AAAUAAAGAGAAGAAGAAGAAAGGAAAAAAAAAAAAAGGAAGAAAGGCGGGAAAAGAAGCAGUAUCGCAGAGUUUAGCACAGGUUGCCUAUCGAUUGCAUCCUGCCGAAAGAGAAGGCGAUUCAGAAAAUACCCAUAAGCUACUUAACACCACUGCUACCGCUACCCCUACGAAUACGCCUUCAUAUCCCCCCUCCCUUCCCGCCUCCCUCGCUCGCGACUAGCCGACCCCUCACACCGCCGAUGCGCCAUCGAGGAUUCUAAUCUAGGUUGAUCGUGCACGCCGCACAACAUGCGACCCCGUACGAACUCGGCCAUGACCGAACCGCCGUCCUCCCCUCCGAACGGGGCCGCCACGGUCGAGGAGUCGCUGGCCUGGUACAAGAGACAAUACGAGCAGCUCGCCGACGAACUUGCCGAGUUCCGCGAAUCCAGCCACGAGCUCGAGGCUGAGCUGGAGAAGGACCUAGAUGCCGCCGACAAGCGACAGCGCGAUCUGCAGCAGAAAGCUGAGGGGCUUCAGUUCGAGGUCGACGAGUGGAAGGAGAAAUGCCGGAAGGCCAAGACCGAGGCAAACACAGCGCAGAAUACACUGGAGAAGGAGAUUACCGUUCUCCGCGACACCAACCGUACCUUGCAGCUGCGGUUACGCGACAUAGAAGUGGCAAACGACGACUUCGAGCGACAGGCGCGGAACACGACCUCGUCCCUCGAAGACUUGGAGUCCAAGUACAAUGUCGCCAUCGAGAGGAUCGUCAUGAUGGAGGAGGAAAUCAAGAUAGGCGAGCAGGAGCGAGAGACGUUGCGAAUAGAGGCCCAGCGGUUGCGCGAAGAGUUGUCGGACCUCAAGAUUGAAGCCGAGAUCAUGCAGGACAAGAUCAAGAAGGCGGAGAACCGUCACCUUUCUACCAUCUCUACAGACAUCUCCAUCCCCGGCUCACCUAUCUUCGAAGACUCGCCCCGCUCCAUGGCGAGCUCUCCUCUCACGGUGCCUCCCGACGACGUAUCUCUGCCGCGAACUAGAAAGGACGCCCCUAUCGUUAACGAGCCUCCGUCACCCCCGAUGUCCGACGCGUCGGCGCCUCUCCCGAAACUUUCCAAGGUCAAGACGCCCGCGCCGCAGAAGAGAUCCCGCCUACCCUCCGCCGAUCACAGCAUCACGCCGAAGCCGAAGAGUUCCGUAUCCGGCGGCAUGCAACCGCCGAGAAUGCGCUCUGCCACCAACACGCGCACACCAGCGCCCCCGCGUACUUCUACCGCCCGGACAGCUUCGCAAAGGCCUCCCGCGCCGGCCUCUCUUAGCCAUAUCCGCUCCCUCGCCGCCCAGAUGCAACGACUAGAGGCUCGAGUGCAGUCGGCGCGAUCUAAGUUGCCAGCUCCCACCAUCACGCCUCCGCGGGCGUCUCCGAGGUCGUCGAUAAGCGGCGGUCAAGUGCCUCCCUCGGUCACGAUGCGCUCGAGGAAACGCACCAUAGGCUCCACCACGUCUUCCGUAGCCGACGAGACCCCUUCCCAAUCGAGCAAUGCGUUGGGAAGCAAGCACGUCCCUAGACUCAGCACGUCGGGAAUAUCAAGACUGUCCUUCGGCCCAUUGCCCAACCGAAGUAACAAUUACGACCAAGAUAGCUCCGGCAUCGGCACGGGCAUCUCGCGACCGAGUAGUCGAGCUAGUAUGUCGAGCUACGCGAGACCUGAGAGACCCGCCAGCCGAACCGAGAUCGCCCGCCCCAUGUCCCGGACCAGCUUCUCAGGUGCGAGGACACCCUUAGGACUGAGGCCGAGAAGUUCUCUUAGUGGCAGCCUCCACGGACAUUCUCAGAGCAUGAGCCGGAUGGACCCCGACGAGUCCAUCGAAGAGGGCUUCGAGGACCGCACACCGAGUCGCAGGGGCACCUACAGCAAAUUCGACGCCGACGGCUCCGCUAGCAGCAUCCCGAUGCCUAGGCGGCAGAGCGGUGGUAUGCACUCGUCUCGCCGAACUAGUGGUAGCGUUUCGACGACGGAAAUCACCGGAAGGCCACGGAAAUUGAGCGACCUGGGGGAGACCUACUAAGUUUUCUUGAAAACUUCAACCCAAACUACGGCCCUUGUAUUCUUUCUCCCCUCGUCGUUUCAAUUGCGGUGUUCCAACGACACAGCAUCGACCGGCGGUUGGUGCCAUUUUUAUACCCAUGCUGAGGCGCUGAGCCGAGGUGUCACGAUUUUACGGACGGAUUUGCAUAUAUCAUUCUCGCCAGCAUGCGUGCUUCCCGCACUCUCACUAUCAAGGGGCGAAGAAGAAAGAACCGCAUGGUGUUAGGCAAAACAUAUUUCUCGGGCUGUCCCGGUCAGGGAAGGGGAUUUCCCUUAUUCUUUGGAUGAAAAACAACCGCGUGCGCGCGGGAUUUGAGGCGGGCGUUCCGGGGCACGAGGAGGAGGCUGCUUUUCGGCCAAGCUGAAAUUGUCUACCCCUUUCCACGCCUUACUACUAGUACUACUACCCACGCCGCUGGUUUUGUAGCCGUCGCCGCCACGGCGGUGGCGGCCAGCGGCAAGUAAGGUGAUGAUGACACUUAUUUUCGCGCGGGCUGACGGAACCUUUGUACAUACGCGGCCUAGACGACACGUUGUGUGUGUGAGUGUGUGUGUGACAGGGAGUUCGCGCGCGUGGUUCCAAGACUGAAGAGAGUCGGCAGGAUCGAGAGAGAAAGAUUUUGUAGUAUUAAUACGAGCCUAAACGGCAGCCCCUAUUUACUCUUCUUUGUUUUACACAAUACAAACCCCUUUUGCCCCACC